AUGGGCUGGUCAAACAUGGUGGUUGACAAUGAGUGUUCUCCUGAGCUCACCUUGAACCCUAAAAAGACAUAUGAAUAUAAUUAUGAAGGAGUGGUGAACAUCGGGCGUGAUACACCAGGCCUGGCUGAGUCUGGAAUAAAACUACAGUGCAAUUUUAAAAUCACUGGAGUAUCAUUACAAACUUUUCUAUUUCAGAUUUCCAAUGUAGCGUUUGAACAGUUUAAUGGAAUCCCAGGAAAGGACUCGUUCAAAGUCUCACCUAAUCUUAGUAAACGCUUGGCAGCCGAACUCACCAAACCCUUCACUUUUGAGUACACAAAAGGACAAGUAAUUGACAUUAAAACAGCGCCUGAUGUCUCCGACACUGUUGUGAAUAUAGUGCGAGGUAUUCUAAAAUUCCUGCAUGUUACAGUCAAAACCACCCAGCGGGUUUAUGAGCUGGAUGAGGUGGGGAUUCAUGGUAUCUGUCAUAGUGCUUAUGUUAUUGAAGAGAACGAAGCAGCGAAAGAAUUAUACGUGACCCAAAACAUUAACAUUAAAAACUGCCAUCAAAAAGCAGAAAUAUAUCAAGGAAUGGCGCUGGCUCAAGAAAGUAAAAUCAGCAGAGAGAGAGGCGAAAAUGAGGUUGCUACUGUGAGCUAUUCAUACACAGUGAAGUCGACAGAAAGUGGUAGUCUCAUUACGAAGGCCUCUGCGCUUGAAAGGCAUUACUUCUCUCCAUUCAACGUGAAGGGUGGCCAUUCUAAACUAAAAGCCAGCUGGAACAUUGAGCUACUCAAACAGACCGACACUGUUGGCAAACCUGUGACAGGUCGGGUGAAAAGCAGAGGAAAUCUGAUUUACAAAGCAGAGAAAGGUCUCGGGCCAAUACCAGUUCUGAUGAUCAGUCUAACUAACCCAGCUCCUAAGAUUGCAGACCUGAUCAAACGUUUGGCCCAGGCUAACAUCUAUCGAGUGGACACUGAAAAAAGUGCUGAAGUUCUUAAGCUUAUUCAACUGCUGCGUGCAAGUAGUUAUGAAGAUCUGGAGCUUUUAUGGAAACAGCUAUUAGGAAAUGUUGAGCACAGGAGGUGGUUUCUGGAUACAGUUGUUGAGGUGACAGAUGAGAGGGUACUCAAAUUCCUGAAGAACAGAUUCAAAACUGGAGACAUUUCUGCCAAUGAGGCUGGACAGGCAAUUGUGGUGGCAUUCAACCAUCUAUCUGCUGAAUUUGAACUCGUAGAAAUGGCAAAGGAGUUUUUGACCAUCCCAUUUAGUAAGUCCCACCAUAUGCUAUGGAACACUGUCGUCCUUUCAUAUGGUUCUUUGGUAUACAGAGUCUGUGGUCGUGUGAAUCCCUGCCCAGUCAUCAUAGUGCAGCCGCUGCUCGAUAUGGCCACUAAUGGACUCACUAAAGGCAUUGAUGAAGACAUGGUGAUUGCGCUGAAGGCCUUGGGAAAUGCUGGACAUCCAUUAAGCCUUAAGACCAUAAUGAAGUUCCUUCCUGGAUUCUCUGCUAAAGCUGAUAGCCUCCCCACUUGGGUUCAGAGUGUGGCUGUGCAGUCCCUCCGAAACCUUGCCAUUAGAGAUCCACCUAAAGUCCAGGACAUUGCCCUAACUAUAUUUGCACAAAAGACUGCCCCUGUUGAAAUAAGAAUGUUAGCUUCCGUGAUCCUCCUGGAGACAAAGCCAUCUCUCGUGCUGAUCUCCACACUGAUUGAGCUUCUGCUCCAGGAAACAGACCUCCAAGUCGCAAGCUUCAUUUACUCACAACUCAAAGGCCUUGCAAAAUCACGUGACCCUGACAAUCAAUACUUCUCAACCAUUUGCAAUAUCGCAGUAAAGAUACUUUCUCAGAAGUUUGGUCGGCUCAGUUAUCAAUUUAGUAAGACACUACGUUUCGACUGGUUCAAAGAUGACCUUUUGAUGGGCUCAUCCAAAGUGCUGUAUUUGCUGAAAAACGGUACAAGUGCCUUCCCCACAGAAAUCAUUUUGAAUGGAAAGCUUUACUUCAUCGGAAGAGUCUUUCAGCUUCUUGAUCUUGGUGUUCGUGCAGAGGGUCUCAAAGAGUUAUUCACAAAUAGACCUGGCAUUUCCAAGAAUUUUAGAGUUACUGAUUUUGCCGCUAUCAUGAAAAUUCUCUCAGAUUGGCAGACCCUCCCUAAAAACAAGCCUCUCUUAUCAGCAUUUGUGAGAUUAUUUGGCCAAGAGCUCUCAUUUUUUUAUUUAAAUCAAGAUGUUAUUCAAAAACUCCUGAAGUCUGUGAGUCUUACCAGAAAUAAAGACAAUAAACUGUGGGAUUUUAUUGAACAUCUGCAAAAAGGAAUAUCAUGGCACUGGACAAAACCAUUCCUUAAGUUUGAAACCAGAUUUAUUCAUCCAACAUGUCUUGGCCUCCCGGUAGAAAUUAGCAAAUAUUAUUCUACAUUAACAGCUGUUACAGUAAACGCAAAAGCGAACAUCAACCCACCUCCAAAAGAAAGCUUACAGGAACUGAUAAAUGCAGAUGUUUUUGUGGAAACCGAUGGAUUUGCUGGAGUUGCCAUGGAUUAUUUUAUUUACUAUGGGAUCAAUACAGAGCUCUUUCAGUCUGGUGUCCAGCUCAGUGGCAUGACAACCUUUUCUUUGCCUUGGAAAGCUGGCUUGAAAAAGAACGUCAAAGAGAAGACUUACGAGGUCACUUUCCCCCCGUGUAAAAAUACCACGACGUUCUUCAAAACCAAGUUCGAUGUAUAUGCGGCAUCAAGAAAUAUUGACGAUCCAUCAUUGGCUAAAAUAAGUCCUACAAUACCAGAGGACAGGGAUCUUAAGCAAAAUUUCAUCAAGAAAAACACAGAUAGUUCCACAAAGCCUCAGGAAGAACCGUUGGCGAUAUACCAACCAAAAUGGAAGUACUGUGCAGAAUUAAGCUUUUAUGGAGUUGCAGUGUGCACUGAAAUGGAAGCUAAACGGGUCCAAAACCUUAAAGACUAUCCUCUUUACUACUUUUUGGGAUAUACUCAGUUUGCGUUUCAACUUGAGCCAGUUAGCUCUGUUCAGCAUGUAGAAAAGCUCAAAAUCCAGAUCAGUGCCUGGCCUCAUGAGCACAGUUCACACCCCAGCCAAAUGAUGAUUGGCACUCAGGAAAAACCCAAGGGUACUGAUGAUACUCCUGAUCCUGUGAUCAUCGUGAAAGUGCUGGCUCUCAGUCCUAAUGUGAAGCCGUUGGGGUAUGAAGCCACUGUGUAUUACACACCAGACACACAGAAGGACGACAUAGAAAUCAUUAUAUCUGAGGCUGCUGAAGAGGCGAACUGGAAAAUAUGCGUCGAUGCCAAUAUUGACAAGACUCACACAGGGGCAAGGACUCAUGUGAAAUGGGGAGCUGAGUGUCAGUCAUAUGAAAUCGCAGUAACCGUUUCUGCCAAAGGAGCACCAAAGCCCAGUAUAACUGCAGAACUUAACUGGGGAGAUGUUCCUGCAUUAAUCCAAACAUUUGGCCAAAGUGUUCGGAAGUACAUCCCACAUGUGUCCUAUGCCUGGGGGUUCAGCCAGAAACAUGAGAAAAAUACUAAAAGUGAAGUUUCAGCUACACUUCUGGCUUCUGCUCGAGGAGGAUUUGAUCUUGAAGUCAAAAUUCCAGAGCUAACUGUGUAUCACCAGGGAAUCUGCUCUGCCUCUGAUAUCGUGGGAAGUGAAAGUGCAGCAAUGUGUCCUAUAUAACCCCUAUUGUACCUUUUCACUGUAUGUCACACUACACUGAUUAAAUUAUCCAGCAAAGUCAGACAUUCCUAUUGUCAAGUGAUACAAAAUUAGGAGUUGUAAUGGCUAUGUGUGCGAAAUCAGCUCUGAAA